GUUUCCCACAAUGCAGCGCGGCGCGCUGUCCCCGGUGCUGAUGCUCAGCGCUGCCCCGGAGCCUCCACCGCGCCCGCCUCCCGCCCUUUCCCCGCCAGGCCCCGGCCCAGGCUCCCGCCAUGGCUCGGCUCGGCCAGGUCCUGCCCCAGAGCCGUCGGGGGCCCUGGCUGCAGCGCUCGACAGCAGCCUACGGGCUGCCGUGGCGUUCAAGGCGGAGGGCCAGCGCUGCUACCGAGAGAAGAAGUUCCGGGAAGCCAUCGGCAAGUAUCAUCGGGCACUGCUGCAGCUGAAGGCGGCGCAGGGAGCCCGCCCUGGAGGCCUGCCCGCCCCCGCUCCUGGGCCCGCCACCAGCCCGGGGCCGGCCCGCCUAAGUGAAGAGCAGCGGCGCCUGGUGGAGAACACGGAGGUGGAGUGUUACGACUCCCUCACGGCUUGCUUGCUGCAGUCGGAGCUGGUGAACUAUGAGCGCGUGCGUGAGUACUGUCUCAAGGUGCUGGAGAAGCAGCAGGGGAACUUCAAGGCCACCUACCGCGCGGGCAUUGCUUUCUACCACCUGGGCGACUAUGCACGCGCGCUGCGCUACCUGCAGGAGGCCCGCAGCCGGGAGCCCACAGACACCAAUGUCCUCCGCUACAUCCAGCUGACUCAGCUGAAGAUGAACCGUUGCAGCCUCCAGCGGGAUGACAGUGACAGUGGGGCUGGGGCCCCUGCUCGCGAUGUGGUUGGCUGAAGCCAAGGGGCUGUCCCUACCCCACUCCUCCUCACCUCACGGUGUAACUCCCCCUCUCAUGUUUGCCAGUAAAGCACUUGUCACUGGCGACCAUAA